AUGAAGGCGAAGAGUGGUAAUCGGGAGCUUUUUGAAUCGCUCUUGCGUUUUCCGAAGCGAGAUGUGUUUGACUGUGUGCCAUUGCAUUAUCUCGUUCUCAAGAUGAGUGGCAUGGGAUGUAUCACCCCCCGUGCUGGUGUCCGUAACGGUUCCACUAUGACGACGUUGAUAGAUAUUGGGUUGUUUGUGACGAAUCUAAUAUUAGCUGUGACCAUGAUGAUUUACGGCAUGUUCAUCACCCAGCGGCACAUGCAGUCACCGAUCAUGUUCAUCGGAUUGAAAAUGGUGAACUUCACCUGUUACGCCUCAACUAUUUAUGGAUUGAUCAGCUGCUUCAUCAAUCGGCGUGAUAUCUGGAAAUUCUACAACGAGGCAUACGCCGUUGAUAACAUGCUGGAAGAGCUAGGCGAACGUACAAAUUUCACGCGCAGCUUUGCACUGUUCGUUGCCUACUAUAGUACUGCCAUAGGGAUGUGCGUUCUAGUGAUCGCAGUAAUGUACAGCGAAAACCUACCAUGGAUGCUGCUGCUGAAUCUUGGCUACUCUUACUUUAGCCUCACAACAUUUCACAUCCUCAGUUUAACAUGCCUCGAUGUCGUACGGGCGCGUAACGUACGUUUGAAUAAAGUUUUUCGGAAGCAGUUUUCGCUCGAGGGAGACGUUGCAGAUCAACCAGCGCUAACAGUCUACGACCCGAAGCAAACGCUGAUAUUGCGCCAGAUAAUGCAAAUAUUUGAUAAAAUUAGUGACCUAGCUGACAAGGGGAGCUACUAUUACGGUAUACAGGUAAAGCGGUACUACAUGAAACCACGUAAUGAAGAAUGCCAUGCCAUAAUGAUACGCGUUUCCUUGAUCUUUCAUUUUCCAGAUUAUGGUCAGCAUUGCGGGCUCUUUUGUUUAUUUAAUUUGCGUAUGUUUUUGAUGCAACUGGGCCAUCGAUCACCGAUGAUAACAUGCGGACUUUUUCCGUUCGACUGGACACUGAUUUUUUCGCCACCGUCAUGCUGGUAG